CACUGACUCAGUCAAAGUUUGUCAUCCAAUAAUUGUAUUGUGAUUAUGCUGAUUAAUAUUAUAGUUCAAUUUAAUUUGUACAAUUCUGAAUAAAAGUAUGGCGCUUGCCAAUAGAAUCGUGAUAUUGUAUGGUAGCCAGACGUAUACGGCCCAAGAAUACGCCGAGAGAAUAUGGCGAACCACAAAGUUAUUGGACAUGAAAGGACCGGUGCAGGCGAUGGAUAAUUAUCCAAUAUCGCGCCUUAUUCAUGAGGAAUAUGCUUUAUUUGUGUGCUCAACAACUGGCGAAGGAGACGAACCAGACAAUAUGAAGACCUUCUGGAAGUUUCUUCUGCGGAAAAAUCUUCCAGCGAAAUCGUUAAUGAACCUGAAGUUUGGGGUAAUCGGCUUGGGAGAUUCCUCAUAUUCCAAAUUCAAUUUUGCGGCUAAAAAGUUGCAUAAACGUCUAUUGCAAUUAGGAGCACAGCCUUUACAUGACAUAGCUCUCUGCGACUAUCAACAUGACUUAGGCCAUGACGCUGUAAUGAUACCCUGGCUUAAGACCUUCUUAAAUAAAAUAAAACCUGAUCACAAUGCACCAGACAUUGGAGAGUUAAAGUUCAUACCCCGUUGGAAAGUGUCCCUGAGUAAUUGUGAUAUUGCCCUUCAGGAAAAUGGUCUCAACAAAGAUAUCUAUUUUGAAAAUAGCAACACUGACAACUUUGUGAAUCCGUUACAUUUGGAAAUUGAAAAUAAUAAGCGCAUUACUCAUGAAAGUCACUUUCAAGAUGUUAGACUGAUGGUUCUGAAAUCAGUAACAAAUGAUAAAAUUAAUUAUAACCCUGGUGAUGUAUUCAACAUCAGACCUCGAAAUAGCAAAGAAGAUAUUGAUGAUCUGUUUAGUAUAUUAGCAAGUCAUCAGAUUGAUAUAAAACCUCAUUAUAUGCUGUGUGUUGAAGAAUGCCAUGAAGACAUGCCAGUCCCAGCAUUUUUACAACAACCCUUACCACUAUACGUAAUAGCCGAACAGUACUGGGAUUUGAAGGCGUUUCCCACACAAUACGUCUUCUCUCUUCUCGCACAAAUAUCAGACGAUAAGUUAGAAAGGGACAAGUGUAUUGAGCUGAGUUCAGCGGAGGGGCAAGAGGAAUGGCUCAACUAUUGUAGACGACCUAAAAGGACUAUUUUGGAGGUCCUCCACGACUUCCACAAGUCUGCGUCAAAGUUAACAAUAGAAGUUCUGUUUGAAUUGUUUUCAACGAUCAAACCGCGCUCAUUCUCAAUUGCCAGCAGUUGCUUACCCUCUAAGGGUGAAAAAAUUGAUAUAUUAGUGGCGGUUGUCGAAUAUCAGACCAAGAUAAAGAAACCCAGGCAGGGGUUGUGUUCCCUUUGGCUUAAAAACUUAAGCGUUGGUGACAGAGUGUAUGGGUGGAUAAAGAAAGGAGUCUUUAAGUUUCCUGCGGCCAACAUUCCGAUGAUAUUAAUUGGUCCCGGAACAGGCUUGGCCCCGUUCCGCAGUUUGAUACAAGAGCGAGUGAAUUUAAACAUAGCUGACAAAAACAUUAUACAUCUCUUCUUCGGCUGUCGCUACAAAGAGAAAGACUUCCAUUGUAGAGAAGAAUUGGAAAUGUGGGAGAGGGACGGCAAGAUAUCGUUGUAUUGCGCUUUUUCGAGGGAUAAGGAGGAUAAAGAAUACGUACAGCACAAAAUAGCACAAUAUAAAGAUAUUCUACGCAAUCUAAUUAUCAAUGAAGGAGCGUACAUUUACAUAGCCGGUAACGCUAAGAACAUGCCGAAUAAUGUGAAAGACGCGUUUAUAGAUGACGUUUUAUCAGAAUUAGAUGACGCCAAGGGAUUUAUGCAAAACAUGACGACUUCUGGAAGAUUCCAAACGGAAACUUGGUGAACGGAGGGGGAAAUGGCUGUGCCUUGAAGAUAUUAUUGAAAGAUUUGGUUGUAUAUAGGUGUAUAUAGAAAAUAAAAUGUUGGAUAAA